GUCGGUCUUUUAAUUAUAUACUGGCACCAACGUUUUUUCGACGUGUACUCGCAUUUGAAGGUUCAUUAAUACAACGGUUCGUCACGGUAGUAAGAGUGUUGCUCGUGCGAGGUACUCGGUUUGUAGUGCGUCCAUCCAGAUUCCAAACCUCGAUGUUCCUGCUAAUGUACUUCAUGUUCACCUCUGCUCAUUCCCGCCAAUGCUGGUGUCUUAUCACUGGACGACAUCGCGACUUGCAGUGGUAUCGCACGCUGUAUAGCAUUAUCUCAAGUUGUAUCCUCACCCUUUUCGCCUGCACAUGGACUUCGAUCCAUCUGAACAUUUCAUGUCAUUCGCCACGUGCCGGAAUCAUACUCGCCGCUUUGGUUGCUCCAAAGUUAGUGAUCUUAUGGGCCAUGCGGCAAAUCUUCCACGCGGGCAAGUUUGUAAAUAAAUUCAAUGAUGAAUUAUUCAAGGGUGAGUCGAUUCGUGAACCGGGAUUACCACUUAGCGUUACAGGGAGUUUCCGGUGGAGUAGGACCCAUGGGUUCUUUGCCAUGAUGGGCGGGUUUAUACUCUAUUACAACGGUCAACCUCAUCACACCCUUGCCCGACGAACUUUUCGACUUCAUACUUUCUGGGAGAGUCGAUCAAAACCAAGCUGUAGAGAUAACUGGGGAUGAGAUUAAAGACAAGAGUAAAAGGGACGUGGUCUCCAAGGCAGUCCUUGUCCUACAGAUCACCUGGUUUCUUACUCAAUAUGUCACCCGCUACAUCAAACACUUGGUAAUUACGCAACUUGAAGUUGGCACGCUGGCGUUCGCCGUGCUGAAUAUCAUCACCUGCUGUUUCUGGUGGAAGAAACCCCUUAAUGUGCAGCGUCCUCAUCGUGUGUAUUUCAAGGACGAGGUACAGGAACC